AUGGCUGUGACCCAUGAGGUCCGCAGCGAAGAAGCUCAGCUCCAGGCGUUGCAGAGGCUCGAUGAAGAGUGCGUCCAGCUACAAGUUCAGGGCAACUACGUGGCAGCGCUCGAGUGCAUGGAGCGAGCCCUCGUGCGCCAUGCGUGCAAGGCUGUCUCGGAGCUUUGCAAUUUGCUCUCGAUGACUUUUCUCCAGCAAGAAAAUUACGCCGUGACGAUCGAGCUGCUCAAGAAGGCUGAAAUUCUCACCGAGCAUCUUCCCGAAGAGCGGGCCACAACGCUCAACAAUAUGGCGUGCUACUACCGCCGGAUUGGAAAGCUCCAUGGCGCUCUCAACUGCCUCAAGCGGGCGCUUGAGAUCGAGCUGCGCAUUCAAAAGGUCAGUGCGACGGCGGACACGCAUUUGAACUUGUGCGCCGUCUACUCGACCAUGGGGAAGCACCCGUCGGCGCUCGAGCACGCCCAAGCAGCGCUCAUCGUGCUGCAUGAAGAGCUGUUCAGCCAGGGGAAGGACUUGGAGCAGCUUGACCACCGGCGAGACCGCGUCUCGGUGCUUUGCAUUGCCUACCACAACAUUGGCGUCGAGUACGAGUACCUCAAGCAGUUUUCCCACUCGGUCGCGUCGUAUCAAAAGGCUCUUGGCAUUGCCGAGCAGUACCUCGGGCCCGUGAAUGGAGUCACGAUUACACUCACCAACUCGUACACUUCAGCUCGACGCACGCUGCAGACAAAAGCCAAGCGCGAAGCCAAGGGCAGCCCGACCAAGAAGCAGCCGAGCCCAGGCAAGUCGGCAACUCGCGUCAUCGGCGGCAGCUUCGACUUUGAUGUGCUCAGCGGAGAAGGAGCAACUCGGCUCGGCGACCGAAGUCCGUCGCGGAAGGAGCUGCCACCACUCGCAAGCAUAUCCAAGAUCAACGAGGCAGCUGCGGCUACCAUUGCUGCCCCGGCGGCCCCGGCCUUCCUACCGCUGACACCCCACAGCGCCUUUUUCAGCCCCCGGUCCGUCUCGCCAGUCAAACCACUGCACCCGCUGCCGGACGCGACGCUCAAUGUGCUCGACGACGCACCGUCGCCGACGCGUCGCAAGGUUCUCGAGCCGCUACCAACGCGCGCAUCUACACCAGACGGCUGA